GAAAGGUAUGAGCCAGUAGAUCUGCUUUAAACAAUGAAUUAGCCCAAGUUUCCCGUUUACAGAUUUCAUUACAGUUGGAAGGACACUGUUUCAAGGUGCACUGGCCUGCACUGUCUAAAACAGUUUCAUGCUGUACCCCAGAAGGCAUUCAGUUUCACAUUGGAGGACUGUACCGAGUUGGUGUUCUGGAUGAUACAAUUUUUAGGGCUCGAAAGUUUAGAGUGUUGGCCAGCUCACAGGCUGCAAAGGGAAUAAUGGAGUCCAGAGCACAGCAGUAAUUUCAAUUACUAACACAAAGAAACCCAUUGUCUGCAAUAAUGAAUAUAACUGCAGUGUCUUGUUUUGUUUUAAAUUCUUGUGUGCGAUGAAGGGGGGGAAUCUAUCAGACAACCUAUCAAUUGGGCUGAUGAUGUCAGUGUUCCAGUGGCUUCUAACAGGCGUUAAUACCUGUUGGAAAUGGAUUAUCAUUGGCUGGGACGAUUGAUCCACAGACCAGCAUGGCUGCCACUGCUGCUGUCAGUCCCAGUGACUACCUGCAGCCUGCUGCCUCCACCACACAGGACUCCCAGCCAUCUCCCUUAGCCCUGCUUGCUGCAACAUGUAGCAAAAUUGGCCCUCCAGCAGUUGAAGCUGCUGUGACACCUCCUGCUCCCCCACAGCCCACACCGCGGAAACUUGUCCCUAUCAAACCUGCCCCUCUCCCUCUCAGCCCCGGCAAGAAUAGCUUUGGAAUCUUGUCCUCCAAAGGAAAUAUACUUCAGAUUCAGGGGUCACAACUGAGCGCCUCCUAUCCUGGAGGGCAGCUGGUGUUUGCUAUCCAGAAUCCCACCAUGAUCAACAAAGGGACCCGAUCAAAUGCCAAUAUCCAGUACCAGGCAGUCCCUCAGAUUCAGGCAAGCAGUUCCCAAACCAUCCAAGUACAGCCCAAUCUCACCAACCAGAUCCAGAUCAUCCCUGGCACCAACCAAGCCAUCAUCACCCCCUCACCGUCCAGUCACAAGCCUGUCCCCAUCAAGCCAGCCCCCAUCCAGAAGUCAAGUACGACCACCACUCCCGUGCAGAGCGGGGCCAAUGUGGUGAAGUUGACAGGUGGGGGUGGCAAUGUGACGCUCACUCUGCCUGUCAACAACCUCGUGAACGCCAGUGACACCGGGGCCCCCACUCAGCUCCUCACUGAAAGCCCCCCAACCCCACUGUCUAAGACUAACAAGAAAGCAAGGAAGAAGAGCCUUCCUGCCUCCCAGCCCCCUGUGGCUGUGGCUGAGCAGGUGGAGACGGUGCUGAUCGAGACCACCGCGGACAACAUCAUCCAAGCAGGAAAUAACCUGCUCAUUGUUCAGAGCCCUGGGGGGGGCCAGCCAGCUGUGGUCCAGCAGGUCCAGGUGGUGCCCCCCAAGGCCGAGCAGCAGCAGGUGGUGCAGAUCCCCCAGCAGGCUCUGCGGGUGGUGCAGGCGGCAUCUGCCACCCUCCCCACUGUCCCCCAGAAGCCCUCCCAGAACUUUCAGAUCCAGGCAGCUGAGCCGACACCUACUCAGGUCUACAUCCGCACGCCUUCCGGUGAGGUGCAGACAGUCCUUGUCCAGGACAGCCCCCCAGCAACAGCUGCAGCCACCUCUAACACCACCUGUAGCAGCCCUGCAUCCCGUGCUCCCCAUCUGAGUGGGACCAGCAAAAAGCACUCAGCUGCAAUUCUCCGAAAAGAGCGUCCCCUGCCAAAGAUUGCCCCCGCCGGGAGCAUCAUCAGCCUGAAUGCAGCCCAGUUGGCGGCAGCUGCCCAGGCAAUGCAGACCAUCAACAUCAAUGGUGUCCAGGUCCAGGGCGUGCCUGUCACUAUCACCAACACAGGCGGGCAGCAGCAGCUGACAGUGCAGAAUGUUUCUGGGAACAACCUGACCAUCAGUGGGCUGAGCCCCACCCAGAUCCAGCUGCAAAUGGAACAAGCCCUGGCCGGAGAGACCCAGCCUGGGGAGAAGCGGCGCCGCAUGGCCUGCACAUGUCCCAACUGCAAGGAUGGGGAGAAGAGGUCUGGAGAGCAGGGCAAGAAGAAGCACGUGUGCCACAUCCCCGACUGUGGCAAGACGUUCCGUAAGACGUCCUUGCUGCGUGCCCACGUGCGCCUGCACACUGGCGAGCGGCCCUUUGUCUGCAACUGGUUCUUCUGUGGGAAGAGGUUCACACGGAGUGACGAGCUCCAGCGGCACGCUCGCACCCACACAGGGGACAAACGCUUCGAGUGCGCCCAGUGUCAGAAGCGCUUCAUGAGGAGUGACCACCUCACCAAGCAUUACAAGACCCACCUGGUCACGAAGAACUUGUAAGGCCAACUGCGGCGGGAGGCCCUGAAGAUGCAAUCCCCCGCCUGUGUCCUCCCUGGGCCCCUGGUGGAAAGGAGCCCUGUGGCUGCCUUGGGCCUGCCCUCAGCCCCACUCCUGUUCUGCAACUGUCCCCGCAGGAAGGGGCUCUGCUCCCUGUCCUCCUUCUGAAGCCCCUUGGCUCCGCCUUGGCCCUUCCCCUCACCACGAGCUCCCAGCCUGCCCAGACUGUGGACACUGGCCGUGCCCAAUGAGACGUUCUAAACCAGGACGCGUGGGAACCCUUAUUUCCAAAGGAAAAACAUGCAUUUCACUCCGUCGAGGAGCAAAGUGAGCCCCCACCCCCCACCCCAAUCCCCGCUCCCAACACUGCCGGAGUCGCAUCGUGCCAUGCCCACUCUCCUGCACCUCCCUGGCCCUGCCGGCCACUGUGGACGCCCUGGGGCUUGGCACCCACCUCUGGAGAGACUCGGGGCCACCUCCACUCCAUGUGCCCAGCCCCGCCACAACCUCUCCUCCAGCACAUUCCAGCUCUGUUUAAAAAGUAAAGACACCCACCGACUCCUCCUGAUCCCCCUCUUUUUCUAUGGAGAACGUUGCCUUAUACUCUCUACUUCAGAUGAUGAACACUGUGUACUGUGUGUGCUUUAAAGAAGUUAUAUUUAAUUGCUCCCUUCUUCCUUUCCUUGUUAUUCACCUCCCCAAUGCCUGCUUUCAGUUGAGGGUUGGGGGCAAUGAUGAGCAUAUGAAUUUUUUUCUCACUCUAGCAAUUCCCUUUUCUAAAUGACACAGCAUUUAAACUCAAAUCUGGAUUCAGAUAACAGCACCUGCCCAUCCUGCACCUCUUCCCUCUCCCUUCACCUCACCCCUGCCCGGCCCAAGCUCUACUUGUGUACAGUGUAUAUUGUAUAAUAGACAAUUGUGUCUACUACAUGUUUAAAAACAUAUUGCUUGUUAUUUUUGAGGCUUUUAAAUUAAACAAAAAUCCAACUUUAUUUUUAGUUGUAACUGCUUGAGGUAUGUUUUAUGAAUUAAGUGACAGAUUUGUUAUCCUUUAUUAACGUACUUUGUUGGUCAGCGCUGGGCUGACAAAAAUUUUUUCUUGCUAAUAAAUUUAGUUGCCUGAGGCAAAAUCUUCAA